ACCAAAGCAAGCAAAGUUAACAGCCAAUUAGAUUAAAAAGGAACGGUAGUUAGUUACAUUAUUCCUUCUAUAUAAUUUAAUUGUGUUAUAUGCCAUUGUUUUAGAGGUGGUGUACGUCUCAGGUUGUUGUUUUGUUGAAUUUUCUUUGUAAUUUUACGAUCUAUGACAGCAUUGUAACGUUGAAUUUUUUAAUGUGAUCGUAACUGUAAGCAUCUGCCUGCAGGCUGAUGUCUUGAAGUUGACGUAAGCAAGCAGGCGUAUCCUUUUGUUUUUAUUUCGCUUUGGUGGACUGGAAUUCAGCAAUUGAAAUUAUUCACAUUAUUCUAUGCGAUUUGAAACGGUCUGUCUGUGAAUAGUAUUCGUUGUAUUAUAUAUAAUAAUAGUGACUGUUGCGGCUUGAGUACAGUGUUACAGUGUAAACAAAUCCGUAGUAAACUCUGUGUUAUAAGCGUUUCACACAAUACAUGAACUGGACUUAACCUAACUUCCAAACUAUGUUCAAAUUUAUAAGAAAUAAAGGGCAGCAGCCCUCAGCAGAAAGACAGAAACUGCAGAGAGAGUUGUUUGCUUAUAGAAAGACAGUACAGCAUGGAUUCCCGAACAAGCCAACCUGCGUUGCCUGGGACCCAGAACUGCGUCUCAUGGCUAUCGGCACUGCUUCGGGCAGCAUUAAAGUUGUUGGACAGCCAGGGGUGGAGUUCUAUGGUCAUUUGCCUACUACUGAAACGUCCAUCACCCGGCUGCUGUUCAUACCUAAUGAGGGUCGUCUGGUGUCCUUGAGUGACAACAACACUUUGCACCUGUGGGAGAUCAAUGAUGCCAACAUGGAAGAGACAAAAAGUUUGCAGCUGGAGGGAAAGAUGAAGAAGAUAUCCUCUCUAUGUCUGGACGGGCAGACACUGUUGCUUGGGACUGAAGGAGGGAACAUCUUCUCCCUGAAUUUGCCGAUGUUCACUUUGUCUGACAAUGUCAUCUACCAGGACGUGGUAAUGCAGAAUGUGCCAGAAGACUACAAGAUCAAUCCUGGGGCGGUGGAGUGUGUGGCGCCACAGCCAGAUCAUCCUGGACAUAUUCUGAUCGGAUACAACCGAGGCCUCAUGGUGCUUUGGAACCGUAACAGCAGCACAGCUGUGCAGACGUACGUGUGGAGUCAGCAGCUAGAGAGUGUCUGCUGGAAUGCUGGAGGACUCAGCUUCAUGUCUGCUCACAAUGAUGGAAGUCACACAACAUGGGACGUGACCAGUGGGGAGCCCAGAGGCGAGCCAACCACUCCUUACGGCCCCUUCCCUUGCAAAGCCAUCACCAAACUGGUCUGGGCUCAGUCACAGGGGGAGGAGUUGCUGCUGUAUGCUGGUGGAAUGCCACGUGCUAGCUUUAGUGACAGACACACCAUCACUGCACAACAGGGCAAGAAACAUGUGGUCUUUGAUUUUACCUCCAGAGUCAUUGAUUUCUUUACCAUUGAGGCACAGGGGGACAGGAAAGAUGUAACCACCCUGAUAGUAUUGUUGGAAGAGGAGCUGGUGGCAGUAGAUCUAACAUCUGACAGUUGGAAUCCUCUGCAGCAACACUAUCUUGUGUCUCUACACGCGAGUGCUGUCACUUGCUCUACCUAUGUCAGUGACGUGAGUCAGGCUGUUUACGAUCAGAUUGUAGCUGCUGGGAAACAACAGAGUCAAGGAAUCUUCUCUGAUGCACCAUGGCCGAUCGAUGGUGGGACAGUGAGAGAUGUCCCUCGUGCAAAUACAGACCUUUUGCUGACGGGACAUGAGGAUGGCAGUGUGCGUGUAUGGCGAGGUGGACAGGUAGCUCUCUCACCCCUCUACAAGUUUGUAUCGUCUUCUGUGCUCUGUGCGGACGACGAACCCCCACCGCCUGCCGAGGAAGAGGAGGAUGAGUGGCCACCGUUCCGAAAGGUGGGUUCAUUUGACCCAUACUCGGAUGAUCCAAGAUUGGCUGUGAAGAAAAUCUGCCUAUGCCCAGAAACAGGAGUGUUGGUGGUUGCUGGGACUGCAGGGCAUGUUCUUACGGCUAGGUUCUCGGAUACUGCUCGUACCAGGCAGAUAAAGGUAACCUCACUGAACAUUGUGAGUGAUCGGGACAAGUUCGUGUGGAAGGGACAUGAAAAACUGGGCGUGAAGGAGAGUUGCUCUUGUCCAGUUGGCUACCAGGUGGAGUCGGUACUUCAGCUUCACCCUCCAGCUGCAGUGACAGCACUGGCACUCCAUGCUGGCUGGCAGCUAGUAGCGGCUGGAACUGCACAUGGUCUGGCACUCUACGACUAUCAGCGUCACGUGCCGGUCACAUUCAAAUGUACACUGAAUCCAAACGAUCUGUCCGGAGUGGGAGAUGCUCCCAUCUCAAGGCGGAAGUCUUUCAAGAAGUCGUUGCGAGAGUCUUUCCGACGCCUGAGGAAAGGCCGGUCCGGUCGACAUGGCGAGAAAAGAGGAGCUCAGUCCCCAACACCCACUGACAGAAGAAAAGACAGGACGGCAGUUAAAGCAGAGGACACAGUGAGUGAAUCACCAUCCCUGGACAGGGCAAGGGCAGGAGUGACCCCCACGACACCCCUGGAGGCCAAGCCUGUAGAGAGAGCUGUGGAGGCCAGGCCGGUAGACGACGCCUUAGGCAGCAUGGUGCGCUGUCUUACCUUCGCCAGAACGUACAUCAUCAGUGUCCAGAAUGUCACACCUACCCUAUGGGCUGGUACCAACAAUGGUACUGUUUACGUUUUCACCAUAGCAGUUCCGGUCGGUAACAAGAGGUCAGAAGAAACCGUCAAUUGUCAACUUGGCAAAGAGAUACAGUUGAAGCACCGUGCCCCUGUAAUUACGGUAAGCGUCAUUGACGGAGAGUGUAAUGAAGUGGAGACAAGACAAACGACAGACUGUCCACCUCCUCACAGGGUCAUCAUCACUUCCGAGGAACAGAUCAAGAUAUUCACAUUGCCAGCACUGAAGCCUCUGUGUAAGCUGAAACUGACAGCAGGCGAGGGAGCACGUGUUCGGCGCACAGCACUGUCCCGGUUCUGUACCUCCGCCAUCACUACAGCACCACCUGGCCACGCUGAAACCUGCCUUCUCUGCCUUACCAACCUAGGUGAUGUCAUUGUCCUUAACCUACCGGAGCUGAGGCGACAAAUCAAUGCUGCUGUCAUUCGCCGAGAGGAUAUUAAUGGGAUCUCAUCUCUGGUUUUCACGAGGGAGGGUGAAGCACUCUAUCUGCAUUCAAGCAGUGAGCUGCAACGGAUCUCUUUGUCGGCUGUGCGCACGACGGUGGCACACUGUGCUCUGGUGCUGCCAGCUCACGCUCGUACUGUCCAGACGCAAGACACCAGUGACGACCAGAGCUCCAGUGACAGUGAGUCGAGUGACGAUAGCAGUUCUAGUAGCAGCAGUGACUCAGACAGUCAGCGAGCAGAGGCAGACCAAGCAGGUGUGGAGGAGAAGCAAGGGGAGGUGAGGGAGAACGGACUACCCGAAGCAGACCUGACGUGUAACCACCUUGACUUGAGUAGCGUCGGUGACAUCACAAUAGACUCGGUCAAGGACCAUCUGGUCAAUUCGGCUACUGAAGAAAGUCGGAUCGUGACAACUGAGCUGGUCCGCAACGAGACAACCAAGCUGGAGACCACAACCGAAUCUGUAGUUGUAAAAACAACGGUCAUCACCACCAACGAGACCACCCUCAUCACACCUCCCUCGGAGCCUGAGGAGUCUCCCCCACCCAGCACUGCCGAGUCCCCCUACAUAGCCGAGGUACACCCUGAUACGUAGGGCAGGUGAUGCGUAAAGCGCCACUGGCACGGAUGGAGGACCUAGAGCAGCUGGAGAUGGCGGCUUAAAGCAGACAUUCCAAUCACUAUCUGUUGGCUUCUGUCACUACACGCUCGGACUUGUCUGGACCGGGUGUGCCUGAAGUCGCAGAAUGGCAAAGUGAAAAACUGUUGCAACUAAACCAACAAUACCUAAUGCAGUUUUAUUUUAUUAUAUUUUAUAUUUAUUCGGCUUAUUAAUAUUAUGCUUCGUUGUGAUGGACUCAGCUGUUUUAGCAGAUACACUGAAGGGUACAAACGUUCAAACUUACUUUUAAAAUAAUUAUUAGAUUUUUUAAAUCUAUAAAUGUUUAUAAAAUAUGAAAAGAUGUUGAUGCAACAACAAAAAAGUUUUCAUUAACAUUAAAUUGGGUUGAAAUAAAUUAGUACCUAAAGUACUUAUGUGAUACUAGUAGGCUAUACAAAUUAUUAUAAAUAAUUAUAAAUAAACAAGUUACACUGAAGUAUAUUUUUGCUCAGACUUCCAUUACUCAUGUUUAAAUAUUAUUUAGAGUUUUGUACUUAAGCAUAUCAUAAAGUUGUAGUAGUGUAAGGGUAUUUUGUUUGUGUUAUUUAGGUGAUAUUUGUAGUUACUUCACUGAGUUUCACAUUUUUGUAAAAUUGUUGUUUAAAAAUGAAGGUAGCUGUCAUUACAGAUACUGAAAGGACUCCCUGUUGAAUUUUUUUUACAUUUUAAAAGAGAUGUAAAACUGGUAAACUGUUGAUCCAGGAUAAAUCUGUGAUAGAAAACUUAUAAUUGUUUACAUAAAAAUAAAAUACAGUAAAAUUGAUUAAAAUAUUUCAUUUUUAUGUGGUAAUGGAUUUCACUUGUGUCAAUAAUAACAAUAAUGUUGGAAAAUAUUAAAAGGUUUGUCAUUAAUAAUCUUUAUUUAAAAAAUUGACUCAAAGGUUAAAACAGGAUUUGGCUAACCUGCAUUGAACUUUUGAUUUAUUUGUUUGGUGGAAAAAGAAGCCAAUUUCUACCUUGAUUAUAUUUGUUCUGAAUUUCCUACGUGAGGAUCUUAUUAGACAGCAUAAAU